AUGCGCCGUGCUACUGAAAGGGGCGAGGUUGCUCAGGCGAGAUACAUGAGGCAGGCUCAAGCGGCCGCGGUCUUUGAAGCUAGUCGCUUCGCUGCUAGGACGCUAAGAGAGCAGCAGGGCCGAAAGGGUCGUCCACUUUCCCCCCUUGGUGGGUUGCCCGACCGGGGUGAUAGGGCUGGCUAUAUCAUUUUCAACGUCGCAAGUCCACAAGCUCUAGCUCAUCCAUUAUGUCGAAAUUUCCUGCCUCUCUGGCUGUUGCUGACGAAAAUACAUCUACAUACCCUCGCAACUACCAUCUAUCUGAGAAGCAUGGCAAAUGCUCUCCAGGCGGCCCUUCGCAGCAUUGGCUUGAUCAACCCGCGCCACCACCACCACCACAGUCGUCAGGCAGCCAAAGACUCCAAUCCAAAUCGUCUCACGCAAACUAAAGAGGCAACUAUUGAGAGUGAUGUAACUGUCACUCUCAUUGCACCCCCGUCUGUGCAUCUACGGGACGUUCAUUUCGGGUUGGCGAAGAUCAAGGUACCUCGCAGCUCGAUUGGAGAUGGCACCAGUCCAGGAAUCCCAGGGAUAAUUGACUUGGUGCAGAACUCCUGCGACGGAGAAAAGCUCGGCGGUUUGAGUGUCUCUCGUUUCCUAGCUGAUGAUAGAAACAUUUCCGAUUCUUCCAGUAUACUUCUGCUCCUCAUUGACUCGACCCCGAACCUGGUGGAUCAAGCAACAUUUUUCGUACGUCCCUUCGAAGAUCAGUCGGUACUCGAAUACGAUCAUCCUUCGGUUGGAACAUCUCAAGAUCUCCUCGUGGCUUUGGAAGUACCUAGUGCACCUAACAACUCGUGGCUCAAACAGCUGUGUGCUACUUUUAACCCAUUAGAUUCUGCUAUUCAAACCUUUGGACUUGCCCUUUGCAUGAAUCAAGGUUCCGCGAUAAACAAUCGACGUAUGAGUCAGGCAUUUAGAUACUCCCCCCACAAUGGAAUACUUGCUCCUUACUAUGGCGCUGAAGAAACUAAGGAAGCUGUUCUAGCGGCAGUGAACGAACGAAUUCAAGCAAUGGAAUCCGAUGAUGGCAAUCGCACAUCGGCUAUGUCCGGUGGAACGGGACCGGAGUCUAUGAUCCUGAUCCGAACGCUCUGA